GAUACAUCGCGUGUGGGAUCAGCAAAAUGCUCAUCACUCUCAGCAACCUUCGUCCCGAACGCGAACUACAAAAACUUUCCCUCUCGUUUUCUCUGCAAACAAUCACAGUGUGUGUGCGUGAGAGAGAGGGAGAGAGAGAGGGCGCAUUAUAAGACGCCGGUGCGCUAACCUACGCACUCGCGGCUCGAUUGGUCGCUCCGAGCCUCGGCAAUGCGGGUGCGAUCCUCUGCGAUUCUCGCGCUGUUCUUGCUCUGUCAUCUUCGUCUCUGCUUCGGUUCUGGGCCUGCUCGCUCUCUGGUGGAUGAGUUCUCCCAGCCGGACUCGGUGUUGGAGGGGAGCAAUGCCACCGGCGCCGAGUCGAACGCGUCGCGCAGAUCCAACGAGGACAGCUUCGCGGACAUAAUCGAUCGGGCUUUGGAGAGGGAGUUCCCAGAGAACGAGCAAAACGAAGCCACGGAUGCUGGUGGCUUCAACAACAGUGUUACUGAGCAGCAGGCUGUUUUGGAAACUGUUGCUAGAAUGAAGACCAAGAAAAAUGAUACAAAGGAGGAGAAUAGGUCGUUCCAUAUUCAUGAUGUUUUUAAUUUGGAUAGUGAGAAUCGAGCAGAAGAUAUGCCAACUUUAAUCGAUCGAAAGGACAAUGUCUUUAUUAUAUCCAAUCGAAAGUCUAAGUAUCCUGUGCUACAAGUGGACUUGAGAUUGAUUUCAGAUCUGGUAGUCGUAAUUGUCUCUGCAACUUGUGGUGGCAUUGCCUUUGCUUGUGCUGGACAGCCGGUUUUUACUGGAUAUCUGCUAGCAGGAUCUGUAAUUGGACCUGGGGGCUUGAGCUUUGUUAGUGAAAUGGUGCAAGUUGAAACAGUUGCUCAAUUUGGUGUGAUCUUUCUUCUUUUUGCAUUGGGCCUGGAGUUUUCCGCAGCAAAGCUUCGUGUUGUUCGAGCUGUGGCAGUUCUAGGAGGUCUACUCCAGAUUUUCCUAUUUAUGUGCUUGUGUGGAAUAACAGCCUCGUUAUGUGGUGGCAAGCCUUCUGAGGGGGUAUUUGUUGGUGUAUUGCUGUCUAUGUCUUCGACAGCAGUGGUCUUGAAAUUUUUGAUGGAAAAAAAUAGUGUUAGUGCUCUUCAUGGUCAGGUCAUAAUCGGCACCCUUAUCCUGCAGGAUUGUGCUGUAGGUUUGCUGUUUGCGUUGCUUCCAGUUCUUGGUGGUACUUCCGGUGUUCUUCAAGGAGUAAUAUCCAUGACUAAAUCGUUGGUGGUUUUAAUCAUAUUUUUGGCCAUUUUGUCAAUAUUAUCUCGAAAAUGUGUACCAUGGUUCCUAAAGCUCAUGAUAAGCCUUUCAUCUCAGACUAAUGAACUCUAUCAAUUGGCAUCGGUGGCAUUCUGCUUACUUGUUGCUUGGUGUAGUGAUAAGCUGGGUUUAAGCCUUGAACUUGGUUCCUUUGCCGCUGGAGUGAUGAUAUCAACAACUGAUCUUGCUCAACAUACACUUGAACAAGUUGAGCCCAUUCGGAAUUUUUUUGCUGCUCUCUUUCUCGCCAGCAUUGGGAUGUUAAUACACGUUCAUUUCCUUUGGAAUCAUGUUGAUAUUUUGCUAGCAGCUGUUAUGUUGGUGAUCAUUAUAAAAACUAUUGUGGUUGCCAUUGUUGUCAAGGGAUUUAGAUACAACAACAAGACUUCGCUUCUUGUUGGAAUGUCGCUUGCGCAAAUUGGGGAAUUUGCUUUUGUUCUUCUAAGCCGUGCUUCAAAUCUUCAUCUAGUUGAGGGCAAAUUGUAUCUACUGCUGCUUGGCACAACAGCUCUCAGUCUGGUGACCACACCAUUGCUUUUCAAGCUGAUUCCUGCUGUAGUACAUAUUGGGGUAUUGUUGCGGUGGUUCUCUCCAGAUAGUUCAAUUGAGAUUGGAUUUAAAGGAGAUAGCCUUCGUGCAGAGAGUGCUAAGCGUAUUGCUCUGAUGGUCCAAGGGUCUCAUGUUUCAUGAUGUUAAAUAUAGCAUGAAAACCAGAAAAAAAUUGCAAUUUUCAGAGCUUACCUGAUGGGCUUCUUAUACUCUGGAGAACAGGUGCUCAAGAGUCCAAAGGAGGUUGACUAAGUGAACAGGUGCUCAUCACGUGCUGCCUGCUUUCAAUACUUAUAUCUGACCAGGCUAGAUUGAUUGAAAAAUGCCAACUGAGACAAAAGAAACAGGCAGUGCAGUAAAUAUGCAAUCCAUAUGCUGACAUAUUCUAAUUUUGAUUCGGGCCACCAUGUUACUCUGCUGGAUGGAUGGCCUUUUUAAUUUUAUUUUUUUUGGGUGUAAAGUAGUGUUCUUUUUUUGUAAUUUAAUUCAUUUCAACCUGUUAUUUUAGUUGAUAGUUGUUUGUUGUUUUGUUUAUUUUAUUAAUUGUUUGUAAGUCAGAAAUCCACGCCAUUAUAAACCCACAAAUUUACUAAUGCAAUUUUGUUCA